AUGUCGAGCGUGGCGGAGCAGCUGGCCCAGAGGAACGCCCGGCUGGACGAGGGCGUUGGCACCGCAGCCAAUGCCAGUCCCUUCUUGCAGCAGGACUUCCAGCGACUGAGGACGGCGGGUCUGGACAGUGGGACCUUGUUCUGCGAUGCCUCCUUCCCCGCAGACUGGAACUCACUGGGAUACAACCAGCUGGGACGCUACUCCUCCAAAACCCGCGGCGUGGAGUGGAAAAGACCUGCUGAGCUCUGUUCCAACCCUCAGUUCAUUGUGGGCGGAGCCAAGAGGACCGACAUCUGCCAGGGUGCACUGGGAGACUGCUGGCUGUUGGCGGCCAUCGCUUCACUGACGCUGGACAAAGACCUCCUGAACCGCGUUGUUCCUCCUGGUCAGAGCUUUCAGGACGGAUACGCCGGAAUAUUCCACUUCCAGCUUUGGCAGUAUGGCGAGUGGGUGGACGUGGUGGUUGACGACCGGCUGCCGACCAGGGAUGGGAAGCUGCUGUUCGUCCACUCGGCAGAGAGCAGCGAGUUCUGGAGCGCCCUCUUGGAGAAAGCCUACGCCAAGGUCAAUAGCUCGUAUGAGGCACUGUCUGGGGGCUCCGCCAUUGAGGGCUUUGAGGACUUCACUGGGGGAAUCGCUGAAAGCUACAACCUGAACACAGCUCCUCCACAUCUGUUUAAGAUCAUGAAGAAAGCUCUGAGACUUGGCUCUCUGCUGGGCUGCUCCAUCGAUAUAACCAGCACCUAUGAGACCGAGGCCAUAACCAAUCAGAAGCUGGUGAAAGGCCACGCCUACUCCAUUACCGCCACAGAGGAGGUACAUCUGUUCGGUUCUCCGGUACAGCUGCUGCGGAUCCGGAACCCGUGGGGUCAGGUGGAAUGGACUGGGCCAUGGAGCGAUGACUCAAAGGAAUGGGAGAAAGUUCAGCCAGAUGAGAAGAUGAAACUGGACCACUCAGCUGAGGACGGAGAGUUCUGGAUGUCCUACUCAGACUUUCUGGGCCACUUCUCUCGCCUGGAGAUCUGCAACCUCACACCAGACACGCUCACCAGCAACACGGUGGGGAAAUGGAGCUACUCCCAGUUUGAGGGUGCCUGGAGGGUGGGCUCCACCGCUGGGGGCUGCAGAAACCACCCAGCCACCUUCUGCUCCAACCCUCAGUUUGUCAUCAGGCUGGAGGACAUAGACGACGACCCUAAUGACGGAGAGGAUGGAUGCACCUUCCUGGUGGGUCUGAUGCAAAAAGACGGACGCAGGGAGAGACGAUUCGGACGAGACCUCAACACCAUCGGCUUCGCCAUCUAUCAGUAUAAAGGGGUCAAUAAGGUCCAUCUGGGUCCUGACGUCCUGCUGAGGCAGAUGGCGGUGGCUCGUAGCAGUACCUUCAUCAACCUGCGGGAGGUGUGCGACCGCUUCAAACUUCCUCCCGGGGAGUACGUCAUUAUCCCCUCCACAUUCGAGGCGCAUCGCAAAGGAAGCUUCAUUCUGCGCGUCUUCUCUGAGAGGCAGGCUGCCGCCAGCCCCAUGGAGCAGGAUGUAAGCGCUGACAUACAACAGCCUGAGGUUGGAGAAAAUGAUGUCGACCCUCACUUCAAACGUCUCUUCACCCAGAUCGCCGGAAAUGACUCGGAGAUCUCGGCCUUCGAGCUCCAGCAGAUUCUAAACAGAGUAGUUUCUCAGAGAGCUGACGUGAAGACCGAUGGCUUCGGCCUCCAGACUUGUCGGCACAUUGUGAGCCUGCUGGACAGAGACGGCACAGCUAAACUGGGCCUGGUAGAGUUCCACAUUCUCUGGACCAAGAUCCAGAAAUACCUGGACAUCUUUAAGAGUCGGGACUUGGAUGGCUCCGGUACCAUCAGCAGUCACGAGGCAAGAGCAGCCCUGGCGGAUGCAGGGUUCCGGUUGGACACCGUGGUGGUGCAGGAGCUCGUGAGCCGGUACGCGGAUGCCCAGUUCGCCAUCGACUUUGACGGCUUUGUGGGCUGCCUGGUCCGCCUGGAGAUGCUGUUCAAGAUUUUCAGAACACUGGACAGAAACAACCAAGGAAAGAUCCAACUGGAUUUACAACAGUGGGUUUGUUUGGCGAUCAACUGAAACAGCUCAGCCAACUGGACCACAUCUGGAUUCACCACCACAGCUGGUUCAUGAGAACAACUCGCGUGUUAAUACAAGUGCAUCUGGUUCUACAUCGUUCAUGUUGCCUUGAAUUAGAGUCCCCUAAAAAUCCAUGUUUGUG